GUUCUUGCCCCUUCUGGACUUCCGGCGGCCAUCCCCGGUGCUAGCUUCCACAAUACGUAAUUGCAUUUUCGUAUCACGUUGCGAGUCUUCCAUCGAGAUCAGCACAUUUUUCGCGGGCCAGCAUUUUUCGUGUUGCUCAUGCUGCGCCUCUUCUGAGCUUUGGAACAAGCUAGCGUGGUCAGCAUCCCUGUUUGGGGUGUACGUACAAGGCUUCAAAAAGGCGUGGGGGGUAUUGUGUCCCUCGUUAAAGAGUCAAAUUUUUUGCGUCGGAGUUGGGCUAUAUCUGCUUGCUGUUCGGAUGGCGAAUGCAUCCUCCGGAGUGGGGGUGGAAGAUGACUGUAAGCUAAAGUUCCUGGACCUGAAGAACAAGAGGGCCUACCCUUGGAUCAUCUUCAAGGUGGACGAUGCAAAGGGGAUUGUGGUAGUGGAGAGGCUUGGGAAGGCUGACGAAGACUACGAGGUCCUCCGCGCUGCAUUGCCCGAGAACGAUUGCCGAUAUCUUGUUUACGACUACAACUUCGUCACGGAGGAUAACUGCCAGAAAAGCAAGAUCUUCUUCAUCGCUUGGUCACCGGAUACUUCGCCCGUCAGGCGUAAGAUGAUUUACGCAACCUCGAAGGACAGGUUUCGACGGGAGCUGGAUGGAGUACAAUUGGAGAUCCAGGCCACAGAUCAAACAGAGAUAGACAUAGACGAGCUCAAGUCUCGGGCAAACAGAUAGCAUUGUCUACCACGAACCGCGAGUCUGGAUCCUGUGAGGACUUCAGAUUCGAAGACGUGUUCCAACGCUCUGUCAAUUGCUUGCUUCUUUUGACCGUUUGACCUUUUCGAGGACACGGGCUUUCUGUAGUUAGUGCUUCGAGGAAGUGUUUCGAAGCUGGUUGAGCAUGCUUCGUAUCCUUUCUCAGAGAUGGUUCUAUUGUAUUCCUUGUGGUUCAUGGAGUUGGCGCUGUAGGCAAAUCUCACGACAUUCACUGUGUCAACGUUCUUUGCAUAUUAGCUGUACUUUUUUUGCCCCAGAGCGGA